CACUCACACACACACACACACUUACUGAUGACUACUCUCUUCUCCUAUUUACGCAUAGACGUACCACUUCUCUCUUUCCCUCACAUUUUGGCAACCGACAUACUCGAUCUCCAUUUUUACAAAUCUCAGACAGUCGGAGCAUUUCUUGUCGGUGGAGCUCAUCUUUCCGAUCUCCCUCUCUCUUUAUUUCCAUUCUCUCUCUCUCUCUCUCUCAAAACAAAUAAAUGAAUUAAUUCUGCUCUGCAACUCCAACUUCCGAUCAAUCAAUCAAACAAACAAACAACAGUCAGUUUUCCGAUGGGCUACGCCGCCCCCGCCGCGGCGGAGAAGCGGUGGAUCUUCCCACUCGCAAUAACCUCCCUGGCAUUCAUUUUCCUGAUCGCCACUUCCUUCAACGUCGGCCUCGUUUUCUCACUCCACACCAUCCUCUCCAUAUUCUCCGCCCCGGCCGCCGCCCCUCCGCCCCGUCCCGCCGCCGCUCCGCCGGCGCCGGCGCCGCCGAAGCUGGCGUACCUGAUAUCUGGAUCGAAGGGGGACCUGGAGAAGCUCUGGCGGGCGCUGCACGCCCUGUACCAUCCACAGAACUACUACGUCGUCCACCUGGACCUCGAGUCCCUGCCGGAGGAGAGGUCGGAGCUCGUGCGCCGCAUCACGAGUCACGCCGUUCUCACAAAGCUUGGAAAUGUUGUUGUUAAUAACAAGUCGAAUAUGGUUACGUAUAGAGGCCCGACAAUGGUGUCGAACACGCUCCACGCUUGCGCGAUUCUUCUCAAACGAUUCCCCGAUUGGGAUUGGUUCAUCAACCUUAGCGCAUCGGAUUACCCAUUGAUGACUCAAGAUGAUCUUCUCCACGUGUUUUCGGGUUUGAAGCGCGAGCUGAAUUUCAUCGAGCAUACGAGCGAUUUAGGAUGGAAAGCGCGCCAUCGGGGAAUGCCAUUGAUAUUCGACCCUGGGCUAUCCCAAACGACAAAGUCGGACUUACUAUGGGUUGUCGAACAACAAAGAGAUCUUCCCACCGCGUUCAAGUUGUUCACCGGUUCAGCUUGGAUGGUCUUGUCCCGGCCAUUCGUCGAAUACUGCAUAUGGGGUUGGGACAAUCUCCCGCGAACGCUACUCAUGUACUACACCAACUUCGUCUCAUCGCCCGAGCAUUACUUCCAGACGCUUGUCUGCAACGCCCCCGAGUUUGCGCCAACGCUCGUCAACCACGACAUGCACUACAUCUCAUGGGACGACCCACCGCAGCAGCACCCACACACCCUCAGCCUCAACCACACGGCAGCCAUGGUCGACAGUGGCGCAGCCUUCGCUCGUAAGUUCAAGCAGGAUACUCCUGUCUUGGACUGGAUAGACAGGGAAUUACUCGGGAGAAGAAACGGGAGCUUCACGCCAGGAGGGUGGUGCGCCGGCAAGCCCCGCUGCUCAAAGGUGGGCAAACGGGCCAAGCUCCGGCCGGGCCCGGGUGCCAAGAGACUUCAAAAACUUAUAGAUAAGAUGGUUUUUUCAGCUGAAUUUAGGCAACAACAAUGCAAGUAGAAAUCAUAUGAUGAAAUGGAAUACUGUGUAUGUAUAUGUCUAUCAAAGUUACCUGUUUUUUUUCCCCUUAAUAUCUAUGAAAGUCUCAAGUACAAGGUUGAACUCAGAGGUCUAUUUGCUAAAUUUUGAACCAUUGAAUUCUAA